ACGACACUGUGCACAAUCAAGCUGUGAGAGAGAGAGAGAGACAGAGAGAGAGAAUGGUGAACACAGUCAAGCUCUACAAGCCCCUGUUGCGAGCGAUCAUGAAGCUCGCCGGAUUGAGACCCCAAAAGAUCGAGGUCGAACCAGGGACCGUCAUGAACAUCUGGGCUCCGAUUCGAUCCAGGAAGAACGCCAACAGCGGCGAAAAACCCGCCGUCGUCUUCCUCCACGGCUUCGUUGGCGACGGCAUCCUGACGUGGCAGUUCCAAGUCCUCGCCCUUGCGAGGGACUACGCAGUCUACGUGCCGGACCUCCUCUUCUUCGGCGGUUCCUCCACCCGCCACGGCCGCCGGACGGUGGGAUUCCAGGCGGAGUGCCUGGGGAGGGGGCUGGCGAAGCUCGGGGUGCGGCGGUGCACGGUGGUCGGGUUCAGCUACGGCGCGAUGGUGGCGUUCAGGUUGGCCGAGUCGCGGCCUGAGCUGGUUUUGUCGGUGGUGGCGACGUGCUCCGGCCCGGCGCUGACGGAGUCGUUGAGCCGGGAGUGCUUGGAGAGGAUGGGGUUUCCGACGUGGUCGGAGUUUCUGUUGCCUGAUUCGGCGGAUGCACUAAAGAAGUUGCUUGACAUUGGCAGCUUCCGCUUCCCUAGACUCCCCAAGUGCGUUUUCAAGCACGCCCUAGAGGUCAUGUUUGGCUGCAGAAAAGAGAGAGCUGAAUUGCUGGAGGCUUUGGUCAUUCCAGACAAGGAUUUCGCUUUCCCACGCUACUCUCAGAGGGUGCAUCUGGUCUGGGGCGAGAAUGACAGUAUCUUCCCUGUGGCAGUAGCCCAGUCACUGAAAGAAAAUUUGGGAAAUAAUGCAACACUAGUAAGCAUUGAGAAAGCAGGCCAUCUUGUUGCAUUGGAGCGACCCUUCGUCUACAAUAAAUGUCUGAAGAGAAUUCUGUCCUCUAUCUACAAAGCUGGUCACACAAAAUAGUUAGGUCACAGAAUAGUUUUCAAAUGACUUAUACAAUAAUUAGUACAAUAAUUUGUUUAAAAGAUUAGAAAUAUCGUUUGAGUUAUUGGAGAUUAUACUGUUAGAGAUGAAAUCUCGUUUGAGUUAUUGAAAAUCACCCUAUUGGAGAUUUUCGGACAAGUGUUUGAUGUUGAAAUCCUGUUGUGAAUUUGCUUGACUAUAUAAAAGGAAUAGAGAGAGCAAAUGGCCUGGAUAAGGAAAUCAGAGUAUCUUAUUGUA